UAGCGGCAGACGGCGGAUGGGUCCCCGCGGACCUGGAUCGGCCCGUGUGUUCCGGGGACGUAAGAGCCAGCGCUCGCCAGCUCCUCUGGGGUGGCCUCUGCGUCAAGGGGAGCAGCCGGAGCCAAGGCGCUGGAGAGAGAGAGAGAGAGGACGCCAAAUGUAGAGAGAGCCUGGAGCAUCCUGGCACUUGCCUCUCUCUCUCCACCCCCCCUCGCCCUCCCGAGCAUCAUCUUAUCUCGGCCCCUUCACAGGUUCUCCUGCGCAUCGCCUUGGCGAGCCAGGCGAGGUCGAGGCGUGGGUAGGUUGGUAGGUGGGUGAGUGAGUGGAUGGGGGCUCCCGGGUUUUUGCGCAUGGCUCUCCGGCGGGGCUGACGGUCCGUUCAGCACCAGGGACAGCGGCAAAGCGCUCCAGCACCACGGAGAGCGCGCCGUUGCCCCGAAAGAGGAAGCGCCGGCUUGGACUUCAGCACCACGGACAGCGGCCGAAAGGUGGGGGGCGACUUAGAAGGAACUUGGGCUGGGUUAGAGAUUGCGGUGCCCCCCCCAAACAACUCAGAGAAGCCUCCAUUCUCUGCAGUCUCCCCACCUCCACACACACACACCUCAUUCAAUCCUAGGAGCUGCCGGAGCCGCCUGCACCACUUGGAUUGUAACCCCCCCAUAUUGGAGGGGGGGUGUGGAACGCGUAAGGACAGAGGCAAUGUCUUUAUUUUGAGGGAGAAGAUUCCUCGCCCACCCGCUUCAAUGGCUCUUCUGAUCUGCCUCUGCCUUCUUGGGAUCCUGAGAAGGACCCUGGGCACAGACACGGAAGAGCGGUUGGUAGAACAUCUCCUGGAUCCGUCACGGUACAACAAGCUGAUCCGCCCAGCCACCAAUGGAUCCGAGUUGGUCACUGUGCAGCUGAUGGUAUCAUUGGCCCAGCUCAUCAGUGUGCACGAGCGGGAGCAGAUCAUGACCACCAACGUGUGGCUGACCCAGGAAUGGGAGGAUUAUCGCCUUACGUGGAACCCAGAGGAGUUUGAUGACAUGAAGAAGGUGCGGCUGCCAUCCAAACACAUCUGGCUUCCGGAUGUUGUGCUCUACAACAACGCCGACGGGAUGUACGAGGUGUCCUUCUACUCCAACGCCGUGGUCUCCUACGACGGCAGCAUCUUCUGGCUCCCUCCGGCCAUCUACAAGAGUGCCUGCAAAAUCGAGGUGAAGCAUUUCCCCUUUGACCAGCAGAACUGCACCAUGAAGUUCCGCUCAUGGACUUACGACCGGACGGAGAUCGACCUGGUGUUGAAGAGCGAGGUGGCCAGCUUGGACGACUUCACCCCCAGCGGGGAGUGGGACAUCAUCGCCCUGCCGGGACGGCGCAACGAGAACCCCAACGACUCCACCUACGUGGACAUCACCUACGACUUCAUCAUCCGCCGCAAGCCGCUCUUCUACACCAUCAACCUCAUCAUCCCUUGCAUUCUCAUCACCUCCUUAGCCAUCCUGGUCUUCUACCUGCCUUCUGACUGCGGCGAGAAGAUGACCCUCUGCAUCUCGGUCCUCUUGGCUCUCACCGUCUUCCUGCUUCUGAUCUCCAAGAUCGUGCCGCCCACCUCGCUGGACGUGCCGCUGGUGGGCAAGUACCUGAUGUUCACCAUGGUCUUGGUGACCUUCUCCAUUGUCACCAGCGUCUGUGUGUUGAACGUCCACCACCGCUCGCCCACCACCCACACCAUGCCGCCCUGGGUCAAGGUGGUCUUCCUGGACAAGCUGCCCACCCUCCUCUUCAUGAAGCAGCCCCGGCAGAACUGCGCUCGCCAGAGGUUGCGCCAGAAGCGGCAGAACCAGGAGCGGACGACCGGGAGCUUCUUCCUCCGCGAAGGAGCCAGGUCCUGCACUUGUUACGUCAACCCGUCCACGGUCAAGAAGUUCGGGACGGGGAGCGGCGGUGAUGGCGGGGGAAGGCCCUUUACGGAAACGUCGGAGCCGGGAGUCAACGGUUACCGGGACAGGCCGGGUCAAACGGUGCCACCGCCAGGCCCCUGUUGCUGCGGCCUGGAGGAGGCUGUGGACGGAGUACGCUUCAUCGCGGAUCAUAUGAAGAGCGAAGACGAUGACCAGAGUGUGAGCGAGGACUGGAAGUACGUUGCCAUGGUGAUCGACCGCCUCUUCCUGUGGAUCUUCGUCUUCGUCUGCGUCUUUGGCACCAUCGGCAUGUUCCUGCAGCCUCUCUUCCAGAACUAUGCCACCAACUCCCUCUUGCAGAUCAACCACGGUGGUUCCGGCUCCAAGUAGCAUCUGGGCUCGCCCUUCUCCUUGGCCAACCUGUUCGGAGCGAGCGGAGAGAGGCGGGCCAAGGAAGAUUAAAGAGAGAGGGAGGGAGGAGGGAGGGAGAUGGAGCAGGACAGAGAGACACCCUACCCAAUCCCUACUUUUUAUGGACGCUGGCCUGAGGCGCGCUCAAUAUGGGAUUGUGGGCCCUUUCCCCUGCUGUCUGCCAUUGCCCCGGCUCAAGAUUCAGUACUGAGAACAGAGCCUUGCUUGCAGAGAAGCCGGCCAGAGCUAAAACGACAAUACUGGAGUAGGUUGGUUUCUUCCAGGCUGCCAGGAUGAUAUGGUAGCUCAACAGUAGAGCACCUGCUUUGCAUGCGGAAGGUCGUAGGUUCGAUCCCCAGCUUCCCCACUUAAAAAAAAUAAUGGGUGGUGGUGGUGGAAAAGGUUGCAGCAGGGUCAGGCCUGGCUGUCUGAUCUGCUUAUCUUAGGCAGCUUCCUCCAUUCCCAUUGAUCGGAGGUGUC